AGUAGCCAUCGACGCCGCGCCAUAACCUUUGUCGACACUCGACAGACGAGUACGCGUACUUGUGGACCCGAGUCGGGAUUCUCGCAAGCGAGGCUACUGUACUGGUGCUCGGGAGUGAAGUGUGCCCUACGUUGCAUCUUUUUUCGUCUCUCUCGACAAUUACGCACGCGGAAACUUUUUCUCGGUCCAGCAAAGAUUAAUUUAUCGUAGAAAACAAAAUCAAGAUGCGAAAUGGGCUGAUGGGCAUUUUGCUUCAAUGCAAUAAGGCCAUCGCAAGAUGUUCCGGGAAAAUCGCUGGUCGCUACUAUUCGGCCGGCACCGCGAAACCCGAAUUAACGUCGAUCAGAUACAAAACUCAACGCGGGCCCUACGCUAUGGUCACGGAUGCAGAUGUUCGCUUUUUCGAAUCGUUGCUUGGCUCCAGUCACCUCAUUACGGACCCGGAUGAAUGCGAAAGUUACAAUAUCGACUUUGCAAAAACCGUUAGAGGUGCAAGUCAGCUAGUGUUGAAACCGACAUCCACUGAGGAAGUAUCUGCAAUACUAAAGUAUUGCAACGAGCAACGAUUAGCAGUUUGCCCCCAGAGCGGAAAUACAGGUCUAGUUGGUGGUUCCAACCCAGUAUUUGAUGAAAUUGUCAUUUCCAUGAAGCUCAUGAAUAAAAUUUUGGACACAAAUGAAUUGACAGGUAUACUGACAUGCGAGGCUGGCUGUGUUUUACAAGAUCUGGACAAUCACUUAUCUACAGUGAACCUAAUGAUGCCCUUAGACCUUGGGGCAAAAGGAAGCUGUUUGAUAGGUGGGUGUGUAUCUACAAAUGCUGGUGGAUUGCGACUUCUCCGUUAUGGCAAUCUGCAUGGAAAUGUCUUGGGAGUCGAAGCAGUGAAGGCUAACGGCGACAUUGUAGACGCGUUGAAUGCGUUGAAGAAGAAUAAUACCGGUUAUCACUUAAAACACCUUUUUAUUGGAUCUGAAGGAACUUUAGGUAUUGUAACCAAAGUGUCUGUUCAAUGUCCACCGUUACCGAAGGCCAUAAACGUCGCAUUUCUAGGGUUGACAAGUUUCGAUAAAGUGUUGAAAACAUAUUAUUUAGCGAAACGUCAUCUAGGUGAAAUUCUGUCUUCUUGUGAAAUGAUGGAUCGAUUAUCUAUAGAUGUUUCCAUUAAUAAUCUUGGCAUGAAGAAUCCGUUAACGAGCCGCGAGGAUGGCCAUGAGUUUUAUAUGAUAAUUGAAACUGCAGGUAGCCAUUUGGUUCAUGACGAAGAAAAGUUAUCCUCGUUCGUGGAAAAAGCUAUUAAUGACGACAUCAUUGAAGAUGGUACAAUGACUAACGAAUCGAAAAAGUUGGAGGCCAUAUGGGGACUUCGAGAAAGAAUUAGCGAAGGCGUCUUACGAGACGGUUACGUAUUCAAGUACGAUAUCUCCCUACCUCUUUUAUCUUUUUAUAAGAUCGUUGAGGUGCUUCGCAAGGAAAUACGCGAUUCUCGGAUUGUCAGGAUUAGUGGUUAUGGGCAUUUAGGCGAUGGAAACAUCCAUGUACAAAUUUCUAUACCAGAGUAUUACGAGGAUGUAGCCGCGCAAUUGGAACCAUUUAUUUUUGAAUACGUAUCAAAAUGUCAGGGUAGCAUUAGUGCCGAACAUGGCAUUGGCUUCAAAAAAACUAAAUACCUUCAUUUGAGUCGAAGCUCUUCCGGGAUAGAAAAUGAUUUGAAGAAAAUGAUGGAUCCUAAUGGCAUUCUGAAUCCAUAUAAGGUGUUAAAAUAAUUUGUAAACACAAACGAUGUAAAUAUUUUAUGUGCCAUUUGAAUGAAGCCCAUAGAAGAUUAAAUAUAGUCGUGCAAUUAGCUAAAUGAUUAUCUUUAUGAAUGUUUAUAAAAAUGUUGAAGUACCAUUGCGUGCUAUUAUAACAAUAUUUGGCGUUACAUGCUGGUAAAGUUCUAUAUGUUUUUCUUGGCUAUUAUCCAUCUGCCGAUAAAAGCAGACAAAACGUUUCGUGACUAACGCCUCAUUCGAAAUAGAUACAAUUAGUAAUAACUAUGAGAAAUACCAAAAUCUAUGUCUUUAUAUGAAUGUUUUAAAAAUUUUUGUAAUUAUAUAUAUUUUUAAAUAUAUAUAAUGUAAAUGUACCUGAUGUAUGUAAAGAAGAGAUUGUGAAUGCUUUCCAUGUUGUGUUAUACUAUGUUUCUUGCUGGAAAGCACUAUGUAACUAUACGAAGUGAACUGUAGUCAACAGAGAUUUGAAUGUUAAAGAAAUGCAAAAAUAUCUCUUGUUACAUACACACCCGAGAAAAA